CGCCGCCCUGACUCUGUAGUUCCCGCCCCUCUGCCCCGGUCUCAGCCUAUUCGAGCGGAUCAAUGAGAGCUCAUAUUUGAACUGCUGCAGACACACGAAAACUUACUAUCGAGGACGGGUAGACUAUAGAGGCAGCGCAGAGGAGCAUGGGUUGUCACAACAGCAAAGUUUGUGGCCAGGUCUCCCGGAAAAAGAAAAAAAAUAAAGCACAAGAAUCUGAGAAGCACACAAAGGACAUCAAACUUCAAGAUGGAAGUGGUACGUGCUCAUCUGAAGAGAAUCAGUUGGAGACCUACGAGUGUCAGCUAAAGAUACUACAUGCAGUUUUGACGGCUUCAGGAGACCAGGAGAGAGACCAGCUCCUCAAGGACCAUCCUGGAGACAUCUGCACUUUAGUUCACAGCAUUAUAGAGAAGGUAAAGACUGAAAUAAGCGCCGAUUUAAAUGAUCUUCAUGAAAAACAGAUGAGGAGCACUUUAGAGCGGCAUCAGAGCGCAACAGAAGAGCUACAGCGAUUACACAAUGAAGAGAAGAACGUUUUAAACGAGUCUCAUGCAGAAGCUGAGAAUGCUUUGAAGGAGCAGAUCGAAGGGCUGACGUCAGAGCUGAAACUGUUCAACGAGUUAAAGCGCAGAGUGGAGGAGUCCACGCUCAAGAGGGACCUUCAGAGAAAUAUUGAGACGCAUGGCAGCCCGGGUGCAUUCUGGGAGCAGGAGCAGGAGAGUCUGUUAUUUGUCAUCGAAAUGAAGCGUGAGCGUUUACAGGACCAGGGGAACAAGCUGCUGCAGAUGGAAACACUGGUUGAGAGGAAUCUGUCACUGGAGGAUCAGCUCCUGCAGGCUCUCCAGCAAAGCGAGGACUACAGGGUACGGAUAGACAACUACCAAAGCCUCAUACAACAACUGUCCAAGGAGCAGAACGAGCUGCAGGAGGCGCUAGAGAAGCAGACUCUACAGAACCAGAAGCUCAGUCAGGAGAAAGAAGAGCUGCUUUUUAAACUGAUACACCGCAGAGACUCAUGUUCCUCCUUCCACCUCCCUUCCGUCAUACCCACACAAGUGUCUCCCAGCUGACUGCAACAUUCACCCUCAUCACUGUAUCCUCACCCCGCCUGGCCUCGGUGCCUCGUUGCCUCUUUUUUUUUUUAAAUGCCAGUUUAUUAUGGAGUGCUGUGAACAUGCAGUGCCGAUAUGGACUAUUCACUGCAUUUGUCAUUUUAAAUGGCCAAAAAAAAAAAUUUUUUUUGUACAUUUUAUUUGAUAUCAGGAAUUUUUGGUUGCAUUUUUUUAAAUAGCCGUGGAUCUAUGCAGUCUUUUUGUUGUUGUACAUGGUGUAGUAGCAGUUUCUGCCAAUUUUUUUUAUAGCAGUUUUAUUAUUUUUAUAUCUUUCCAGGAAACUAAGCAGGUAUUGUUGGCAAAAAAUGGUUAUAUUUUUGCCUUAAGACAUUAAUGGAGCCGGAGCACUUGUAGCAUUAAUAUUUGGGAUCUUUUCAGAUGCACUUGCACUUUUAACAGUGUUUUAAUUUUUGGAGAGAUAAUGGGCUGAUUGCCAAUAUGCUUUCUUCCUACACUUUGCACAUAGUAUUUCUGUUUUUAAUUCUGCUUUUCAGUGGUAGGUAAAAUACUGGGGUCCUAUUGGAUAAAAUGGAGUCAUUUUAGCAUGCAUUUCAAGAAGAGACUUCAAAGCCGCCUUCUGCUUUGUUAGUCUGGCAAACCCAACUUUAAAAAAAAGUCUGAAAGUUCUAAACAAUUACACUGAGCUUCUAAAAGUUAUUGAAUUCUUUAAAGGAACGGUUCAUUCUAAAAUUAAAGUUGCUGAAAUGUACUCGCCCUCAGGCCAUCCAAGGUGUAGCUGAGUUUAUUUCUUUAUCAGAACAGAUUUGGAGGAAUUUCACUUGCUCACCAACGGAUCCUCAGCAGUGAAUGGGUGCCGUCAGAAUGAGUCCAAACAGCUGAUAAAAACAUCACAAUAAUCCACAUGUAAUCCACACCACUCCAGUCCACCAGUUAACAUCUUGUGAAACAAAAAACUGCAUGUUUGUAAGAAACAAAUCCAUCAUUUAGACAUUUUUAACUUCAAACCGCAGCUGAAUGUCUUGUCUGAAUCAGGAGAAAAAUAUGCACCAUUUACAAGUCCAAAACAGUUCUAAACAAAUACAUCAGUUAUGUUUUUAUCAGCUGUUUGGACUCUCAUUCUGACGGCACCCAUUCACUGCGGAUGGUCCAAUUUGUUGUGAUGAAGAAACUAACUCUUGGAUGACCUGGUUUCAUUUUUUUUAAAUAUUCUUUCCUCAGUAUUUCAGAUGGUCUUCUAGAUGCAGAUUGAUUUGCCAUUUUUAAAACGUUAGUGGUAAAGUUGACUUUGUGCAUAUAUCUUUUUUUUUCCUUUGUGAAUUAUUGUAUAAAUGUUCUGCCUUAUGUAUGUUCACUUCUGAAUCAGUGCCUUUGGUUUAAGAUGUUUCCUGGAUAAAUCAAGCAAUAAACCUGCAUCAGAAGGACUGUA